GAUCAUCAUCAUUGUUUUCUGUGAGAUCAAGGAAUUUCAAACAAACCCCCCCCCUUCCUUUGAGAUUUCGAGUUCCAAGCAACAAACCCAUCGAAAUACCUGCUCAGAUGACACUUGGCGGAGAACCUUUGCUGGGUGCCGAUCUCAACACGUCCGAACGCAGGACGGUCGCACGGCUCGGUCAGCGCAAGGAGCGCCUGCGGGAAGAAAUCCGACACCUGAAGGAGGAGGUCUCCAAAAUCCAAGCAGAGCUCGCUGCGCUGGACGCUCAGGCACCGAAAGCAGACACUGCCCCUGAUGAUGACGAGGCCCUGAAGGCCCGUCAGCUCAACAUUGGCAAGAAAAAGUUCAACAUGGAUCCAAAGAAGGGCCUCCAAUACCUCACCGACAAUGGCCUGAUUCAACUAACACCCGAAGCAGUCGCCAAGUUCUUGCUGGAGAGCGACAUGCUGAGCAAGACUGCCAUUGGCGAUUAUCUCGGCGAGCUGAAGGAGUUCAACCUCGCUACGUUGCAGCGUUUUGUUGAUUUGCAAAAAUUCGGAGGCAUGACGUUCGACACCGCAUUAAGAAAAUUCCUGUCGAGUUUUCGCCUGCCUGGAGAGGCCCAGAAGAUUGAUCGCAUGAUGGAACGCUUCGCUGACAAGUACUGCAAGGAAAACACGGACGUAUUUGCGCAUCCAGACACCUGCUACGUUCUGGCAUUCUCAAUUAUCAUGCUCAACACGGACUUGCAUAAUCCGAGCAUCAAGAAUAAGAUUACGCUCGAGGGCUUUAUCAAGAACAAUCGUGGCAUCAAUCAGGGCCAAGAUUUGGCACCAGAGUUCCUCUCUGUGCUGUACGAUCGGAUCAAGAACGAAGAGCUGGAAAUGCCAAAAGACGAAGACGGGACGGACAUGUCGUACACGUUCUUCAACCCCGAGCGAGAAGGCUGGCUGACCAAGCAAGGCGGACGCAAAAAGAACUGGCGCAAGCGAUGGUUUGUCUUGACUGGUAACUGCCUGUACUACUUCAAGGAGACGGCUGAUCCCCACCCGCUCGGCAUCAUCCCGCUUGAGGAUUUGCGAGUGCGCGAUGUCAGUGUGGCCUCCAAGCGAGCCCACUGCUUUGAGAUUUACAACGCAACGGACGGUUUCAUCAAGGCCUGCAAGACAUCAUCUGACGGCACCGUGGUCGAAGGUCGUCACGAGCGCUAUCUGAUCUGUGCUGCCAACGGAGACGAGAUGAACGACUGGAUCAACAGCAUCAAUGCCAGUAUCAAGUGCAACCCGAUCGUCGAGCUGCAGCGCAUCAAGAAGGCCAAGGUCACCGAUGCAACUAUUUGAACAAUGGGCGACAAAGUAGUAAUCUUUACUAUCGACUUUUUGCGACUCGACUAUUGUUGUAAAUACCCCCCCCCUUUUGCUUGUGUGUUUUUGUGUUUGCUUCUUCUCUUGUCCUACUCUUCCUUGCGGAUGUGUUGUCGUGUUUGAGUGUGUCUGAGGUUUUUACAAUUCUGCUUUUACUCCCAAAAUGUACCAUUCUCAACUCGA